AUGUCUACUUUUGGAACAUCUCUGCGCGUUUCAACCUUUGGGGAGUCCCAUGGUGCUGCAGUGGGCUGUAUAAUUGAUGGGUUACCAGGAGGCCUUCCUUUUUGCUUAUCUUGUGUGCAGCGGGAGCUGCAGCGGCGUCGUUCUCCUGCAGGUUUCUGCAGCACCAGCAGAUCAGAAGAAGACCGCUGUCAGGUUUUAAGUGGUGUAGAGAACAACUUCACUCUGGGCACCCCUAUUGCUCUUCUUAUUCCGAAUAAAGACGUGCGAAAAGAGGAUUACCGCAAUAUCGGCGCAGGAGGAACUGCUGCUGCUGUUGCUGCUGCUGCUGCUGCUGCUGCUGCACCUGCUGCUGCUGCUGCUGGAGGUCAUUUGCAAUGCAUUCCAAGGCCGGGUCAUGCAGAUUUAACAUAUUUAUUGAAGUAUGGAAUUGGCAGCAGCAGCGGCGGUGGUCGCAGCAGCGCCCGAGAGCCUGUCUUCGAUAAGCUUCCUGCUGUGCUGGCGCAUGCGAUGUUCUCCAUUCCAGCUGUCAAGGGUUUUGAGAUAGGAAAGGGAUUCGAAGCUGCAAAAAUGAGAGGAAGUGCACACAACGACAUCUUCAUAAACAAAGACAAACAAAAACAUCAAAUAGCAGCAGCAACAGGAGAAGCAGCAGCAGCAGCAGCAGAAGCAGCAGCAGCAGAAGCAGCAGCAGCAACAGAUAAAGUAGCAGAAGCAGCAACAGCAGCAGCACCGGCUACAGCAACAGAAGAAGCAGCAGCAGCAACAGCAGCAGCAGCAACAGCAGCAGCAGCAGGAGAGGCCAGCAGCAGCAGCAAAUCUGCUGUUGAUGAUUCUAUGGAUUGCCCUUGCUGCUGCGCUGCUGCAGCAGCAAGGGCAGAUGAGGCAGGCGCCACGACCCGUGCGUUGUCUCGCGUGCAGUGCCGGUGGUGGAGGCUAUGA